AACGGAUACGCGUUCCCAAACGUUCUACAGCUAUUCUUAGUGAAGGGGAUGUGACAAAAACUGGUGGAUUGUUUUGAAUGCAGCUCACGUUAGACGAAGGAGUUGCCCUCUCUGUACAGCAUCAAAUUUAUGAUCACCCUCACACAAGAAAGAUUAUAAAGCUAGAUGUGGAUGCUGCUACGCGGUUCGUGUCAUUUGAUGCAAAAUGCAACCGUUCUGAACAGUUUAGAAUAACUUUACAAUGCGGGAACUGCUCUGAGCUGUAAUUAUCUACGGAUGGACCUGGUUCCCGUCGGCUGAGACAUCAUUUACAAUCCGCGGUGAGACUGACGAGGCGGGACCGCCGACAGGAUGGUGGAGCGGUCGGACCGAGCCCCUCUGCUGGACUGGGAGGAGGUUCCGUCCGCGGAGAAGCCCGGCGGAGCGACACCGCCGGCAGCACACCCCAAAGAGCGACUGUCGAGCCCCUCCAACAGUCGUGCCUCACCGGGAUGCUCCGCGCCGGGCUUUGGGUGGAGCAGCGGUCCGGGGGGUCCCACUCCCAGCAGGUCUGUCUCCAACGCAGACGGCUGCAGCGCCCCACCCGCGACCUCCAACAGCACCCCGGCGGGCGCGGACGAAGCGCUGCGCCCCGACAGCGAGGAGCAUCCCUCGGAUUCAGGAUCGAGGGAGGUGUCCCUGGAAGACAGGAUGGUGAAAUGGGAGGAAAAGGACCAGAUUGUGUCGGUCUUUGUGGUUACAUUCAAUACCAGAUCAGGGAACAUGCUGGAGUGGUGUCUGCCCAAAGACAUGGACCUGGAGGGAGUGGAGUUCAAAGCCAUCGCCAGCGGCUCCCACCGAGUCACCACAGACUUCAUCUACUUCCGGAAGGGCUGCUACUUCGGCCUCGCCUGCUUUGCCAACAUGCCGGUGGAGAGCACGGUGGAGAGGGGGGCGAGGAUGAAGUCGGUAGGGAUCCUGUCUCCUUCCUACACCCUGCUCUACCGCUACAUGAGCUUCCUAGAGCACCAGGUCAGGCUCCAGCUUCAGUCCCCUGGCCACUACUCUCCCCUGGAGGCCUUCUAUGAGGACAAGAGAGCACUUCUGCCACCCAGUAGUGACGGUGUUGUUGUUGGAUGUCCAGCCAAUGCCUGGGGAGCUGCAAUCAACCACAGCAUGCACCCUGAGAUGAAGAUCACCCACCCUGCAGGCUGCAUGUCCCAGUUCAUCCGCUUCUUUGGGGAGCAUAUCAUGGUGCUGUGGAAACUGGCCCUCCUCCGCAGACGCAUCCUCAUCUUCUCCCCUCCGCCUGUGGGUGUGGUCUGCUACAGAGUGUACUGCUGCUGUUGCCUGGCAAACAUCUCCAUCCCCGGGAUUGGUGUGGCUGUGCCCGAGUUCCGGCCCUUCUUCUAUGUUAAUGUGGCCGAUAUCAGCGCCCUGGAGAACGAACUCUCCUACGUAGCAUGUACUACUGAGAAGAUCUUUGAGGAGAAGAAGGAUCUGUAUGAUGUGUAUGUAGACAAUCAGAAUGUAAAGACCUGCAGAGACGGCCUGAAGCCUCUGCUCCGCCUCAGCACUGCAGACAGGGAUAAAUAUCGCAAACUCACUGAACAGAGGCAGAUGUUGCUGUACUCCCAGGAGGAGAAUGGAGACUGUGUGUCCAGCGAAGAGGAUCUCUUUAUUCUGUUUUUCCUGGAGCAGAACAACAGGAUUUUCCAGACCCUCAGUGAGGUGGCAGCAAGCCCAGAUCCCACGCUGACCCAGGAGAGUGUGAGAGCCAUGGGUCUGGAUCCCCAUGGAGACAGGCUCUUCCUGCUCCACCUGCUGGAGAUCUACGGCUAUGACACCCUGCUGGUGUCGGAGCAGCUGUGCUGCAGUUGAGAGACAACAGACGGGCUAGCUUUCCGCCUUUCAUCACUGCUCGUUUUAAAAGGGGGUUGAGCUUUGAGUGCUGCAUUACUGGCUUCUUGGAGUCUUCAGGACGGUUUGAGCCACCAGAAAUUUCUCUGGUAUAUCUUUUAUUUUUGUUGUACAUCUCCCCGUGCUUCUUUUGUUCACCGUGGUUCUGCUCCCUCACAACCUGAUGGCAGGACCAACAUUUAAAGUCCUGUAAUUCGGUCAGUUCUACUUGAUACAUCCUCUCCGAGAUAAACUCACCCUUAAGAUGGAUUACCACGGCUGCUUCUCUGGAUUGGAUACAGCUGCAGUAUUUCAACACUGAGCCGUGUGUGAAUUCAAUGGAUGGCAGGUCCAAACGCAAGGUGAAGAUAACAUCAAAUUAACACUAAAGUGGCCUGAACUGUACUUGGACAUCAAGUUGAAUGACAGAGCAAGACAAUUCUGAGAUGAAGCCAGCGAUUUGGGCGAUUUUCAGUGAACAAAACGUGUACUGAGGAUUAAUGUAUGUAAGUGUAAUAGAGAGGCAGCCUUCCUGUAAAUAGUAUUGCUUUUUUCCUUUUAUGUACAGUGUGUCAGCGUAUGUGUGAUAUGGGGUCCGCCUCUCUGCCAGUGUUGCUAUCCUUGUAAGUGCUGGAUUUUAAACAUCUCAUUUUUAAGCCUCUAUGUCCAAAUCAGGGCCUCCUUCCUUAAAAUCUAACUUAUGUCACUACAAGCAGGUCAAACCACCUUUGUCUUCAAGAGCCAUGUCUGUAAGCACUGCUGUUUAAGUGGCACUUAAAGCCACAAAUGAGCAGUUAAUGUCAAGACUAAUUAUUUUUGGCCUGAGCUAUGACCAAAUCAGAUUUUCUAAUGAUGUCCAACAGGCAAGGGUGAUGUCCACGAGGACAUAGAGGCUAUCUGAAAUGGCUUAUUUGCACCCUGGCUGUCAGCUGGGCCUGCAGUUCAGAAGAAUAAGCUGUUGCACAAUGAGCACCGUUUAGUCUUUACUGCUGUUCUUAAAUGUCCAGUUGUGUUUGCAGCUCUAGUGUCAAGUCAAAGACGGGCCUUUAGGGGGAGAGUUCACAACUUCAGAUGAUUCUCUCAAUUCAGAGACACUGAGUUGAUCUUUUUUUAACAGCUACCAUCUCUAGAAUAGAUCAUAGAGAAUCGAAUAAGACACAAUUCUGUAACUUUUAAGCUCUGUACAUUUUGAAGCGCACCAUAGCAACGUAUACUUUCAGCUUUGUCAACAGCAAAACAGAAAUUGCACUUGUUGGUAUUUUAUGUUGCAUAUUGCUGUUGAUGCAGGAGGUAGUGCAUAAGUGACAUGAAAGAAACAUUAGACCCUGAGGUUCGUUGUUAUUGGGAAAUUAAGCGAGAACCUUAAAGCUGCAUUAAUCAAAUUUUGGCCACUAGAGGGCAUAAGAACUGACUACUACAUCAUUAGCUUAAGUUUUCAAAGGCCAACAUGUUAACAAAUAAUGGCCUGAAUUGGAUAUAGCUGCUAGCUGUUCAACGUUCUUCACUAGCUAGCUGCUAACUUUGUGUGUCUCCUGUUUAGUGCUGGAUUAGUAGCGUAUAGUCAGUCUAUCAAAACAUUUUGCCAAAAGCAACAGUCUGUUGAUGCUGUAAAUAUGGUCGAGUGGUUUGAGUGAACCAUGCAGUAAAAAUGGUCCAUAAAACCAGAACUAGCUAAGAGGCUAAAAAAAACUCUGUAGAGCUACAGAAAUUUAGUGAGAAUUCUCUGCAAGUUUGUCAGUAACAGUGACCUUUUUCACAUUACAUAAAGUAAUUUGACUCUGUUAAUAUAAAAUACUAAUUAAUGUAGCUUUAAGCAACUUUUCCCUUUUAUGGGACAUUUUCAAUUUCACCCUGCAUACCUCCAUAGAUCACAUAUAGUGUAGUUAUUCAUGUGGAACACCAAGGUCAGUGUUUUAAGGAAUUUCCUUUAGAGGAUUCACCACUACAUAAUUGCUACAUGAAAAUACAUGCACUAAAGAAGAAAAAUUUGUUUGAAAUAAUUUAAAUAUACUACAAGGAGCUUUUAACUGGGUUAUGAAACUGACGUUAUAAGACAACAAGACCAUCAGUGAAAAUAUUGGCUAUUUCUAUAUUUUGUUAUUCUUGAUGCCUGCCACUGGGUCAAAUUCAGUCCAAUUUCCCUUGAAAUCAGAUGAAACACGGCACUACCGCUUUUGUCCACAGCGGCUGCCAGAAUCAAAAGUUCCUUGUAGCUGCUUCAAAGUCAAUAAUUUUUAUUUGAAGUGUCUUCUUUUUGAGACAUGCUGCACACUAAGCUAACCUGGUGCUUUGGUUACUCUAUGGGCUUUAUACAACAACAAACUAAAGGUUAUUAUUCUGUCAAUUUCUGUUUUACACUGAUUGCUUUGGUCCUUUUAAUUUUUUUUAUGUAUUCUGUUAAGAGUUUGUUUAGCUGUAAAUCGUUUUUAAGUGUAGAUAUUCAAUUGCUGUAACAUUAUCUGUGAAGAAAUGGGAUCAGUUGAAUGUGUUUUAUAAGGCAAUUAAGAUCCCACUGAGCCUCUGUGAAACCCUCAUGCAAUUAUGUGUUCAAUUGUCCGCUGUAAGAAAACAUAGCGUAUUUUCACACCACAUCGCAUGGCACCUUAGACAGCCUGUACAGUGCUGAAGCAACCAUGUUUGUAGUUGAAGGGAUAGUCCAAGUCAUGUUAAAACACCUUCACUUUAUUUAUUUUACUGUAAACCAUUUCAGAAAUAAAGUGCAUUGCCACUUAUAAGGAAAA